CAGUGGCGGGAAGUAGAUACCAUGUAAGACUAAACCCAGCCGUCAUUUUAAACACAUUUGUGCAUAUUUAUACAACUGUUAGCGGAUGAAACUGACCUAAACAUUAAAAUUAUAAGCUGCUGUUUAAAGCUGCUAAUGCCAAGAUGUCUACUUCAUCUGUGUCGAAGGGCUGCUUUGUUUUCAAGCCCAGUGCAAAGAAGAAGAAGAUGAGUCUCAGUUUGGAGAGUUAUUUCAUAGAUGGCUGUGAGGGAGCUGAGAGCAGUGAAACACGGUUUAAACUCUGUCAGAAUCUGUGGGACAAAAUCAAAUCUGACACAGAGGUUUUACAGGAUGAACUCAACAGAAAAAUCUUGGACAGCCUGCUGGACUUCACCAGGAAGUGCUCCUCCGCUCGACAACACGGCGACUGGGCAUCACAAAUGAGGGCCAGUGAAAUUCCCACAGCAGCACUUGUGCUUGGUGUGAAUGUCCCGGAUCAUGACAUGACUUUCCAGAGCCUCUCUGAGCUGCUCCAUCAGUCCGUCACUCCUCAUGUGGGCUCUGUGGAAGCUAAAGAAUGUGGAGCGCUGAAGCAUUUGAUGAAGAGGGUCCUGGAGAGACUGAUGGAUACAGUUGUGGAUGAUGAUGAAGAGGAGGAGGAGGAGACUGAGCAGACCAGCGCUCAGCUCCACCAGAGUGUGCACUGCUCUCUGAGUGCACUCUGUGAUUGGUACAUUACAAAAACAAAGAAGUCCAGCAGCGGCACACCUGGAAAAAAGCGCAGUUCUCCAGCCAAAGACGAGCAGCAGCAGCCUCCUGUUGUAAUUAUUUUCAAGGAUUUUGAGGCUUUUAACCCAAGAGUUCUUCAGGACUUCAUUCUCAUCUGCAGUCGGUACAUCGAGCGUCUUCCGCUGAUGUUUAUCUUUGGGAUCGCCACUUCACCGAGCACCAUCCAACGCAUGCUGCCGCACUCUGUGUCGUCCCUGCUGUGCAUCGAGCUCUUCCAGUCCUUGUCCUGCACGCAGCACCUGGCCACAGUCAUCGACCAGCUGAUCCUGACACCUCGGUUCCCUUUCAAGCUCAAUGCUAAAGUGAUGCAGGUGUUGCUUAGCAUCUUCCUCUACCACGAUUUCUCAGUGAGAAACUUCAUCAAGGGCCUACAGCUGGCUCUGCUGGAGCACUUCCACUCUCAGCCUCUUAGUGUACUUUGCUGUAAGAAGAAAGAGGCUCUGCUUAACGUGAUGCAGCUCAGUCACCGUGACUUGGAGAGGAUCAGGCAGCUGCCCUCAUUCAAGAGGUAUGUAGAGAAGCAGGAAUCGCAGGAACAGGUCAAUCUAAUUACAGAUGAUGAUCAUUUAAAGGAGACAUGUCGGAAAAUGAUAAAAGGACUUCGCAAAUACCACAAGAAUUAUUAUCCCAUCCUGAGGUGUCUCCACACUCUGACCUCAGCGUUACCUCGAUAUCCUCUUGGAAAACAGAUCAGGGAGCUCCAUUUAACAUGUCUGGAGAAGAAUGUAUGGGAGAAUGAGGAUUAUCAGUCGGCCAUGAAGCUUCUCAAAAUGCUGGCAAAAGAUGAGCUGAUUGCUUCGCUAUGCAGAUGUGUGGAGAUCCUGAAACCUGUCAAAUCAAAGAAGAUGAAGAGCACCGCUGUCCAGCUGGAGGAGCUGCUCGCAAAAUUCAAGCAGCUGGACACAGCAGUUGUCACUGAAAUGGCCCCAAGUGUGGAAGACAGUAUCACCUCUCCAAUAAAAAAUCUCCAAAAGAAAACAGACCUAUUCCAGCUGCAAAAGACACUGCUGGAGAUGAACGAGACUCGGAGAUCCAAGAAACUGAGUCCCUUUGAGAUUCUGAGGAAUGAAGCCCUUGAGUUUAUCGACAGUUUGGUGAAGAGCCAUCUGUCUCCCCCAGAGUCGCAGACACUGCAUGAAGUCUGCUACUACAGUUCGUCUGCCACUGUGAGACGCCACCUCAACGCAACGCCUCGUACAUCCAUUCAGGCAGCUCUCAGCAGCCCCUAUUAUUAUCUUCAGAAUGAGAACCUGAAGACUGAAGAUGGGACGGUUUCUAACACAGCUCCUGAUAUCUGCAUCGCAUACAAGCUCCACCUGGAGUGUGGCAGGCUGAUCAACCUCUAUGACUGGCUAGAAGCGUACGCUACUGUGGUUUCAGCAGCUGACGGUAAUGAUCCAGAUUCCGACGGUUACGGUAAAGUGGAUGAAGUCAAACACGCUCGUUUCAUCCGCUCUGUGUCAGAGCUGGAAUUUCUGGGCUUCAUCAAGUCUACCAAACAGAAGACUGACCACGUAGCCCGUCUCACAUGGGGAGGUUGCUGAAUGCAACGAUUAAAAGGAGAGAAAAACCUGUAUAUAGCUGUGGAUAUGAACUCAUUUUCCUCCAGUCAACUUUGUCAUGACUUUGUUAUUCUCUCUUAAUAAAAAACACUGUUAGUACCUGA